UAUUUGACAUUUGAUGUCACUCACAAAAUGUCGGAAACAAGUUUUUAUACAAGAGCUGCUUUUUACUGGGCUAAUGUGCCGGCAACAAUAGACGGAAUACUUGGUGGUUUUGGUCACAUAUCGGACAUUGACAUCGAUGGUUCAAAAGCAUUCUUAAGGGAAAUUUUUAGAUUCAAAAAUCCACCUGGUCGUCAACUUGCGCUUGACUGCGGUGCUGGUAUAGGAAGAAUUAGUAAGAAUCUUUUAAUACCUCUAUUCGAUAAAGUCGAUCUUGUAGAACAAGAUGAAAAGUUUGUUGACGCGGCCAAAAAGUUUAUCGGCGAAAACAACAGGCAUCUCGGAACAGUGUACAACAUUGGACUUCAACAUUUUAAGCCACAAAAGAUGUAUGAUGUGAUUUGGUGUCAGUGGGUAUUGGGACACUUGAAUGAUUAUGAUCUGAUCAGUUUUCUUGAAAGAUGCAACGACGCUUUGAUCCGUGAUGGAGUCAUAAUUAUUAAAGAGAAUAUAACUACCACUAAUGAAGUCGACUACGACGAAGAAGAUUCCUCAAUAACAAGACCUUACGAACUGAUGAAGCAAAUAAUUGACGAAGCUAGACUACAAAUACUCAAGACUGACAUUCAGCUUGGUUUUCCAGACGACAUAUACCCAGUUUACACAUUUGCUUUAGCUCCAAUCGAGCCAAGUGAUAUUGAAAUUGUUUAA